AUGUCUGGACAUCGUGUGCUAAGUGUUUUAGAGAAGGCCAAGAUGGUAUGUUGGUUCGAGGAAACCAACAGUUUGGCCAUGGUCGCUAGACGGUAAGCUUGCUUUAUGUUGUUGUAGACAACUGAUAGGUUGAACGUAACACUUAGCAUGUUUUAAUAAAUCUUAGGUUCAGAUAUUUAGAAAAGUAGUUUAUAUUCAAAAAGUGUAGUUUUUCAAGUUACAAUGGAAUAUAGACACCAUAAAACCCUGCUAUACCUACUACAAUAUCUUAUAGUCCCUUCCAUUUCAGUUACCGUUCCGAAUUCGGCGUCGAACCCCCAACGCUCAGCCAGAUCAAAAGAAUUCACCGCCAAUUCUUAGAAACUGGCUCUGUCGUAGCUGAACAGCCUUCUGUAGCCUCGUCUCUCCGUCAGAAUCUGUUCAACAACCAGCGACUGAACUCGGCCGAAGCAGUCCAGCUAAGCCAGGCUUCUCUGAACUUGGCCCACCGGGAGACCUUUGCCUAA